AUAUUAUUUAUUUAAAACAACAUGUUCUCAAGAAUUCGUGGAUUUGUAAGUCGUCAUAGACGAAAGUUUAUAUUUGGUGGUAUUGUUUUUGGCAGCAUUGUAAUCAUAAGAUACACCACACGUAAACUACGAGAAUGGCAAGAGAAAGAGAUAAAAGAAAUGCUGGAUAAAACAAAGCGACGACACUAUUUUGAAUGUACAGAAAGGACAUGUAGUCAGAUGAUAAUGUCUCUUACAGCAACUUUAAGAGACUCUAUAAUACAAGUUUUGGAUACAGAAACUAUUGUAAAUAAACUUAGGAGCGGUUGUCCUGAUAAAGUAGCAUGUUGGAAUGAGCUGAAAGUUUUAGCAAUUGCUAGAUCUGCUGUAGUGAUAUAUUCAUAUGCUAUGUUAGCUACUUUGAUCAGAAUCCAGUUUAAUGUUAUGGGCGGUCAUGUAUAUAAGGAUAUUCAGAAUUCUAAUGGCAUAACUACAGAGAACAUUGUACGGACAAAAUAUUUGUCACUUUCACGUCACUUCAUAUAUGAUGGAAUUAAAAAAUUAAGCAUGCUCAUAAAAGACAAAGUUGCUGAAAUUACAGCCUCAAUAUCAUUAAAGGAUGAACUAACUUUGAGAGAUAUAGAAGAGAUAUAUUGGGCUAUAACAUCUUCUAUAUCUGCUGAUAAUUCAAAGGAUCCUAUAAAAAAUCUUGCUGAGUAUAUGUUACUACUAAAUUGUGAGGAUGAUCAAGAACCCAUGUUAUCAAAACUAAUCACUGAAACCCUGGAUCUUUUAGAAAGUGAAGAAGUACAAAAUUUAACUCAAAGUAAUAUCAGAAGUGGAUUCAGUUUGUUAGUGGACCACAUCUCUGCAUUCUUUGUUGGAACUCCUACAGUGGAAAAUGGUAAAACAGUCCAAAAUGGGUUUUCAGUACCUGGAACUUCAAGCCAAAACCAUAAUAGUUGGACAGAGAAAAAUAGUAUAAGUGCGAACUAUGAUUCGAGUACAUUUGUAAAUAUUAAUAAAAUAUCAAUGCCAAUGGCCAAACUAAUACCCAUUGUAAAUGGGCAAGUACCAGACAAGCCAACAUCUAAAGAUUUCCAAACAGAUUUACUACAACGUCUUGUAACAAAUAAUGAACUUAAAACACUUGGGGCAAAUAUUUAUGAAGCAUUUAGUUUUUAAAUGCAAAAAUGCAAAUAUUGAAACUGCACUCAGAAAUAUAACAAACAUACAAAUUCGUUAAAAAGUUUCACUUGUUGAUAAAUUUAAUAACAAAAAUUUGUAAGAAAAUAAAUAUGUUACAUACAAAAUACGUUAUAUAUUGCAUUCAAGAUCUAUUUGUUCUAUUUAAGAUUUGUAUGUAUUCAUAAUGUGCUUAAUUUGUGACAAUGUAUGUUUACCAUAUUAUGUAACUUUAAUUUUAAAAUGUAUUAUCAAUGGGGUUAUUACUAGAUAUGUAAUAUAAAAAUAGAAUUGUAAAAAUAUGCCU